AUGCGCGAGAGACGGCCGGGAAAGAGGCACGAGCACGUCGACGCAACUGCCAACGAAGACAGCCUCGAUCAGCCCUCCGGCUUCCAUCCCCGAAACCGUGAGACGGCAAUCACAGCGCCGAGCAAUGCAAAACUCGCCGAGCAUCUCCGCGUGAUCACUCAGAUAUGCGGGCGAGCAUAG